AUGAACGCAAAAACGCAAGGUCGUUUACCACAAAACCUCAACCACAGCGGUGAAGAAGCAAAAUUUUUCGGAUUUUCGGCGGAAAAAUGGAGAAAUCUUUUUAUUCAAAUUAUCAUGCUUCAUAAAAACAAGAAGUUCAAUGAUCGUGAAGUCAUUGAUAAAUGUGAAAUUUCCAGGCUUAUGAAGCAUCAAAUGUUUAAAGCUAAUUGA